AUGGAUAUACGCUCAGAGGAUCGCCUGGCUUCCGAAGCGGCCUCGACCGCGGGAGCUGUAGGUGAUGAUAGAGCCACGGCGGACUUCGACGAUAUCAACGUUACCCACCAUCCGCGACGACACGAUGAUGACGAGGAAGGCUCGGAUGUCGACGACGACGUGGAAAGCACAACAAGCGCACAGGCUGUUGAGAACUCGAAGAUUUCAAGAAAUGUAGAAGAAGAGAAGGAGCUGCCUUCACAUGCAUGCGCAUACUGCGGUAUCCAUAACGCGAGCAGCGUUGUCAAAUGUCUAGCUUGCAACAAAUGGUUCUGCAGUGCGCGUGGCAAUACGUCCUCUUCGCAUAUUGUCAACCACCUCGUUCGAGCUCGGCACAAGGAAGUUCAACUACAUCCCGACUCGUCCCUGGGAGACACGAUUCUCGAAUGCUAUAACUGCGGUACGAAGAAUGUCUUUCUUCUCGGCUUCAUUCCCGCGAAGUCCGAUACAGUCGUUGUCCUGCUGUGCCGCCAGCCCUGUGCUGCUAUGCCGUCUUCGAAGGAUAUGAACUGGGACACAUCACGCUGGCAUCCGCUCAUUGAAGACCGUUCUUUUCUGUCCUGGCUUGUGGCUGCGCCAUCUGAUCAAGAACAACUCCGUGCCCGUCACUUGAGCCCGCAAAUGAUUGCUAAACUGGAAGAGAUGUGGAAAGAGAACUCCAAGGCAACAUUUUCGGACCUUGAAAAGGCCCAAGCAGUGGAUGACGAACCUGCUCCAGUUCUCUUGCGUUACGAUAAUCCCUUUCAAUACCAGAACAUCUUCGGGCCGCUUGUUAAAAUCGAGGCUGACUACGACCGCAAGUUGAAAGAGUCUCAAUCGCAGGAUGGGCUGAUUGUUCGUUGGGAUCUGGGUCUUAACAACAAGCACUUGGCAAGCUUUAUUCUCCCAAAACUCGAGCUUGGAGAUGUGAAGUUAGCGGUUGGUGACGAGAUGCGCCUGAAAUAUACCGGUGAAUUGCGUGCCAAGUGGGAAGGAAUGGGGUAUGUCAUCAAGAUUCCGAACAAUCAGUCUGAUGAGGUGACUAUCGAGUUGCGCACAAAGGGCGAACACAAGUCUGUCCCUACCGAGUGUACCCACAACUUCACCGCAGACUAUGUCUGGAAAUCGACUUCAUUCGACCGUAUGCAGCUCGCCAUGAAGACCUUUGCGGUCGAUGAGAUGAGUGUCUCUGGCUACAUCUUCCACCGUCUCCUUGGACACGAGGUUGCAGCUGCGCCCAUGAAGACGCAGUUACCCAAGAAAUUCAGCGUCCCUGGUCUUCCAGAGCUGAACGGUAGCCAGAUCAAUGCAGUCAAGAGCGUGCUCCAGAGACCCUUGAGUUUAAUCCAAGGCCCCCCUGGAACUGGUAAGACGGUUACUUCUGCGACUAUCAUUUACCACCUUGCAAAGAUAAAUGGGGGUCAAGUCUUGGUUUGUGCACCGUCUAACGUAGCGGUGGAUCAGCUCUGCGAACGCAUUCAUAGAACCGGUCUCAAGACAGUGCGUGUGACUGCCAAGUCCCGCGAAGAUGUGGAAUCUCCUGUUGGCUUCCUCUCCUUGCACGAGCAAGUGCGCUUGAAUGACACCAACAUUGAGCUCAUCAAACUUAAUCAAUUGAAAUCUGAGCUCGGAGAAUUGUCUAGCCAGGACGAGAAAAGAUUGAAGCAGCUCACACGUUCUGCAGAGCGGGAAAUCUUAGCCAAUGCGGAUGUUAUUUGCUGUACCUGUGUCGGUGCGGGUGAUCCUCGUCUUUCUAAACUCAAAUUCCGGACUGUUUUGAUUGAUGAAUCAACGCAAUCUGCUGAGCCAGAGUGCAUGAUUCCCCUGGUCAUGGGUUGCAAGCAGGUCGUAUUGGUUGGUGACCACCAGCAGCUUGGCCCUGUCAUUAUGAACAAGAAGGCUGCCAAGGCCGGUCUCAACCAGUCUCUUUUUGAGCGUCUCGUCAUCCUUGGUUGCUCACCUAUUCGGUUGGCCGUGCAGUAUCGUAUGAACCCAUGUUUGUCCGAAUUUCCAUCCAAUAUGUUCUACGAAGGUUCUCUGCAAAAUGGUAUUACUGGAGUCGAUCGUCUCAAGCCCGAAAUCGACUUCCCUUGGCCUAUUAGCGAUCAGCCCAUGAUGUUCUGGUCAAACCUGGGUAAUGAAGAGAUUGCGGCUUCUGGAACUUCGUAUCUCAACCGCACAGAGGCGACGAAUGUGGAGAAGAUCGUUACGCGGUUUUUCAAAGCCGGUGUGAAGCCACAAGACAUUGGUGUCAUUACACCGUAUGAGGGUCAGCGCAGUUACAUUGUCAGCUCUAUGCAAGCAAACGGCACUUUCAAGAAGGAGCUCUACAAGGAAAUUGAGGUUGCUUCCGUCGAUGCGUUCCAGGGACGAGAGAAGGAUUUCAUCAUCCUCUCUUGUGUGCGUUCCAACGACCACCAGGGUAUCGGUUUCUUGAGCGACCCUCGUCGUCUGAACGUUGCCCUCACCCGUGCUAAGUAUGGUUUGGCUAUCCUCGGAAAUCCGAAGGUGCUGUCCAAGCAUCCUCUGUGGAACUUCCUCCUUCAGCACUUCAAGGAAAGACACUGUCUCGUCGAAGGGCCUCUUACCAACCUUCAGGAAUCAUUGAUUCAAUUCAGUCGUCCCAAGCAAGCGUACAGGGGUCCCCAGCGUUUCCAGAUCGCCUACAGCCACGCAUCGAAUGUCACUAGCGGUAUGAUGAAUGGACGGAAUGGCCAUAGGAACGAUUUCCACGACACCGGAUCAAUGGUCGGCUACAUCCCCGAUGAUGUCUCCUCCGUUCACUCGUCAAGUCUCGGUGGAGUUGGUCUUCCAUCUGGGUAUCCUCCCAUGUUCCAGAACUUUGCAGAUUCGUGGCCUGCCCUCCCUGGAGGCCGACAGGCCAAUGGCAGCCGUGGGAAGCGAGUACCCAGUGUUGCUGGAGAGUCUGUUGCCGCUACGGAGUCUGAUAUCACGACCAGCAUCAUCGAUGGUAAGGGUGUCGACCAGGGCGGUGUCAGUCUUGCUGGCUUGAGCAUCAACGACAUGAACAAGCAGCCCAGCCUUAGCCAGUCAGACCGACUGAAGCGCUAUGUGGAAUCUGGAGGACGCGAGCCCUACAAGCCCGGGGUCCCUGACAAUAACAGCAUCUUUGGGGGUAGCUCUGCUAGCAUUCGUGUCACUCGUGGCGUCCCUGGUCAUAUGCACGAUGAUGAUGAUGCGCGCAGCGUUUCCACGGCGUUUGCAAGCCAGGUUGGGGGUAACUACGAUUGA